CCCGCCCCCGGGUAUAAAAGGCCGCCCACCGCCGCUCCGGACGGUUUGGGAACUGGCCGGGAGAGUGGACCCCGCGCCCGGGGCUUCCGGCUGACCACGGUGAGAAGCAGCAGGGGGGAGUCUCCGACCGAGCGACUCUUCUGAGAAAUGUCCACCAGCGAGAUGGAGGCCACUGCUAGCCUGCCUGUGGGGACCGAGGGAUCUACGCAGCAGGCCAGCUUCGGGGAGCGCGUGGCCAGCCUCCCCGUCAUCAGCACCACCUGCCACAUGCUGUCCACCGCCUACAACGCCACCAAGGACAGCCACCCGCACGUCCGGACCUUGUGCGACACGGCCGAGAAGGGCGUGCGGACACUCUCGGAGGCCGCCGUCAGCGGGGCGCAGCCCAUCCUCGCCAAGCUGGAGCCCCAGAUCAAUACGGCCAGUGAGUACGCACACCGGGGGCUGGACAAGCUGGAGAACAGCGUGUCGGUUCUGCAGCAGCCGCCAGAGAAGGUUCUGGCCGACACCCGGGAGCUCGUGUCAUCCAAGGUAUCGGAGGCCCGAGAUGCCGUGUCCAGCGCCAAGGACACGGUGGCCUCCUGCGUGACGGGGGCGGUGGACGCGACCCGGGGCGCCGUGCAGAGCGGCGUGGACAGGACCAAGGGUGCUGUGUCCAGCGGCGUCCAGUCGGUCAUGGAUUCCCGCGUGGGCCAGCUGGUGCUGAGCGGAGUGGACACGAUCCUGUGCAGGUCGGAGGAGUGGGUGGACAACCACCUGCCCAUGACGGACGCGGAGCUGGGCCGCCUGGCCACGUCCCUGGACGGCGUGGACAUCGCGUCCCUGCAGCAGCAGCGGCAGGAGCAGAGCUACUUCGUGCGCCUGGGCUCGCUGUCCGAGCGGCUGCGCCAGCGCGCCUACCAGCACUCGCUCUGCAAGCUGCAGCUCAGCCGGCAGAAGGCGCAGGAGGCGCUGUUGCAGCUGGCGCAGGCCCUCAGCCUGAUGGAAAUGGCCAAGCAGGAUGCGGGUCAGAAGCUGGUGGACGGGCAGGAGAAGCAGCUCCCAGGCGCCGACGCUGACGCCGACGCCGCCAGGCCAGAGCAGGUGGAGUCGCAGACGCUCACCAUGGUCCGCGACGUGGCCGGGCAGCUGCAGGCCACCCUGGGCUCGCUGGGCGCCAGCGUGCAGGGGCUGCCGGCGCACGUGAAGGAGCAGGCGCGGCUGGCCGGCCGCCACGUGGAGCAGCUGCAGGCCACCUUCGCGGGCGUCCAGGCCUUCCGCGAGCUGACGGCCGGCGCGCUGGAGCAGAGCCGCGGGCAGCUGGCCCAGGCGCGCGAGGCCCUGGACCGCGUGGUGGACUACGUGGCCCAGAACGUGCCCGUCACGUGGCUGGUGGGCCCCUUCGCCCCGGGGGUCGUCGAGAGGGUGCCCGAGGCGCGCGAGUAGGCUGCGGGCACCCCC